AUGGCUUUUGGCACAGACGACACCUACGGCUCCACGACUCACGGGAAAUAUCGUCCCAAGUCCGAUAUGCGGUACGACGGGGCGGCUGCGCAGGUGUUCUUCACGUGUCUGCUGGGCCUGCUGUGCGUGAGUGUUACCUGGGGGCGCUGGCGGCACCUGAUUCAUCAACGAAAGGUUUCCGCCGAACACGAACGAGCGCUAUGUCCGUGUCGUGCGUGUCGCAGUCGUCGUCACGCUAAAAUCGCUCAGAAACGGCGAAGCGAACGCUUGAAACGGCUAGUUGUGAACGGCGUGCUGCUGGGCCUCUGGCUCCUCUUCCUUUUCGCUGUAGUGUUCCUGUACCGCAGCGUUUCCGCGUCACUCGCUAACGAGACGCCAUUCGACCCGUACGAGGUUUUGGGAGUCUCCAGAAACGCUGAUCGUGAGCAGAUCGUCCGUGCGUACCGCAAACGCUCGCUUGAACUGCACCCAGAUAAAAACCUGCAGAAUCCGAACUAUCAACCCGAAGCGUUUGUGCGGUUGAACAAGGCGUACCGAGUGCUUACAGACCCCGUAGCUCUUGAAAACUACCAAAAGUACGGGAACCCUGACGGAUACCAAGGCACACGUUAUGGGAUCGCGUUGCCGAGUUGGCUCGUGGACCGGGGCACCCCGGUCCUCCUCGGCUAUGCGCUGGUGUUGCUGGCGGGACUGCCACUCGGGGUGGGUAUGUGGUGGCGUCGACGGGCCCAUCUGCUAUCCGAGAGCGUUAGUCAAGAGACAUAUGCGCUGUUUGCAGAGUUUCUGGGCCAGCCAACGGCGAUAAAGUUUCGCAACUUGCCCGAAGUCUACGGUGCAGCACUCGAGUUUGCAACCCGUACACCGUUCGAGGCUGAAUGUGGCGAUCGUGAGGCCAUCAGUCUGCUCUGUCAAGCGCUUGAAACAGGUGGCCGGUUUGAUCACCGCGAACAACGACUGUUUAAUCGCGGACUCCCGCAUUUUACGAUGAACAAUGUGUUACUGCACGCGCACCUCGCUCGUAUAGAGUUGGAUCGUUUUCCCGUUGAUAUGACCCGUAUGAAACAAAAUGUGGAGGUUCUGCUUGCACACGUGGAUAGCAUGAUACCAGCGAUGGUUGACGUGGCUGGUGCGACGCCUCGACCCGAGGUAAUGCGGCGGUAUCAGCGCGUCUUCUCCACAGGUGGCUAUAUCGACCGGGUGCUGCGCAUAAUUCAACUCGAACAGAGUCUUUGUCAGGCGAUGCUUCCGAGCGAAAGCGAGUUGCUCCAGUUGCCGUGGUUUGGGCUCAGCGAAGUCAAAGUUUGCGCAACAAGUCGCAGGUUCGGGGCCGAUGGGAUCCGCACGAUCGCUGAGCUGCGGGAGCGUGUCUGGGAACCCGAUGUGCUUGCGAUGCUGGCGAGCCAGGGGCCAUCAGCCCUGUUCCCCAUAGAGGCACCAGCAACGGCAGCGAAGCGGUGCAUACGUCGUUCGGACCUCCAAGAAACGCGCGGCCGCCACGGAGCAGCAACGGAGGCAUCCACAGCGCCGUGCGGGCUCGAGUCCCGGCUCGAUACCGGCGCUGAGCGACUGUUGCGGUGCAACUGGGACGGCACUCGACUCCGAUCUCUGUUGCGCAUGUUCUCCGAUGCUCAACUCGAUGAUAUCCACCUGUUUUUGAUUCGCUACCCCCGCAAAGUUCAAUUGCAAGUAGUCGAGCCUUACGUCGUGGACCAGGAUCGCGCUGGUGAAGCGGACCUGGUGCGCGAUCCUCGCGUUCAUGCUGGCGAUAUCACGACGCUGGAGGUUCAUAUCCUCAUCGAGCGUUUAGGCUGGCAAGAGAUGCCGAAUCGAACCACUUACUACCCGUGUUGCAGUCGAUUGCCGUUUGACAAGAACGAGCACUGGUGGAUGAUCGUCGGCGAUCGGAAGAUGAAUUCCAUCGUCGCUGUUCGGCGGCUUCAUGCCCGGCAGGCUGUUCAACAGCAGCCGGGGUCUCGGCAAGCGGCUGCAUCUGCCGGGGAAGCAACAGAUGCCCGGGACAUGACGUGUACACCAUCGCCGCCCACAAGCGCUUCGAGUCGCACCUCGACGCAAACUGAUGCCUCUGACACCGCCACAAGUGGCAGCAACAACAUCGGCGAUCGUGAUGGAGCAAGUCCCGUAGCCGCAUCCGGGGCUCGCGAGUACGCCCAGCCCACAGACAAGUGCGACCUGGCUCCGUAUAUCCGACGAGAAGCGCUUUCGUACAGCGUUCAGUUCAUGGCGCCGCCUCAGGUUGGUACCUGCAAGCUGGUCGUGCACGCCCUACCGGAUUGUUAUUUUGGGCUCAAUCGCCAUGUACAGUUGGAUGUGGAUAUACACGAGCACAAGCCGCCUGAACCGGAAAUGCAUUAUUUCGAUCCGAGCGAUCUUAGUGAGGACGACGAUGACAGGCCCACUGGCCAAGCACGAUCGCUUACCGCUGAGCAUACGAGAGCAGUGCCAGCGUCGAAUGGUGAACAGGGCGUCUCCAGUGAGCGCACGUCCACGCAACAGGUUCCAAAUGAUACCGAAUCCGCAGAGGACACUGAUUCGAGUGCUGAUGACGCCUUCGACAUCGACGGCGAAGCGGACUAG